CGCCUGUUGGACGAAACAGCCCUCAUCAUGUCUCAAGGAACCGUGGUUCUGGCAUACAGCGGCGGACUAGACACGUCCUGUAUUCUUGUGUGGCUGAAGGAACAGGGCUAUGACGUCAUCGCAUACUUGGCCAAUAUUGGGCAAGAUGAAGAUUUUGAUGCUGCAAGGAAAAAGGCAGAAAAUCUUGGUGCAAAAAAGAUUUUCAUUGAAGACCUGCGUGCUGAGUUUGUGGAAGAUUUCAUCUGGCCCUCUGUUCAGGCCAACGCCAUCUACGAGGACCGAUACCUGCUGGGAACCGCAAUAGCCCGGCCCUGCAUUGCUCGGCGUCAGGUUGAGAUUGCACGCAGGGAGGGUGCCCAGUUUGUCUCCCAUGGUGCCACAGGAAAGGGAAAUGACCAGAUCCGUUUUGAGCUCACAUGCUUUGCCCUCUACCCUGAGGUUAAGAUCGUUGCACCGUGGAGGAUCCCAGACUUCUACAACCGCUUCAGAGGGAGAACAGACCUGAUGGAGUACGCACAGAAACAUGGCAUCCCUGUGCCCGUCACUCCUCGGGCACCCUGGAGCAUGGACGCCAACCUCAUGCACAUAAGCUAUGAGUCUGGCAUCCUGGAGAAUCCCAAGAGCCAUGCCCCAGCUGACCUGUACCUGAUGACCAAGAACCCAGAAGAUUCUCCCAAUACCCCCGAUGAACUGGAGAUAGAGUUCAAAAAUGGAGUGCCUGUCAAGGUGAUCAAUAUCAAGGAAAGCAACAUGAAGGACACAGCACUGGAUAUCUUCUCAUACCUCAAUGAAGUUGGAGGAAAGCAUGGAGUGGGCCGCAUCGACAUUGUGGAGAAUCGUUUCAUCGGCAUGAAGUCCAGAGGAAUAUAUGAAACCCCAGGAGGCACCAUCUUGCGGAUGGCCCAUUUAGACAUUGAGACCUUUACCAUGGACAAAGAGGUCCGGCGGAUCAAACAGGGGCUGAGUCUUAAGUUCUCUGAACUCAUCUACAAUGGUUUCUGGUACAGUCCAGAGUGUGAUUUUGUGCGACACUGCAUAGCCAAGUCCCAGGAGAAUGUUGAGGGCAAAGUACACCUGUCUGUCUUCAAGGGUAAAGUCUACAUCCUGGGACGAGAAUCACCCAAGUCCCUGUACAAUGAAGAGCUGGUCAGCAUGGACGUACAAGGAGACUACGACCCGUGCGAUGCCUCCGGAUUCAUCAGGAUUAAUGCUGUCAGGCUAAGGGAGCAUCACCGUUUGCAGGGUCUCUCCAGCACCAAGCAGUAAACAGUCACUGUGAACCCUCUUGCUCUCUCUCCUCCUUUCUCUUUCUUCUUUCCCUUUUAGCAUUAGUAGUUAUAGACUUUGUGUCUCACCAUCUGCAGCUAGUUAUGAUAGUAUUGGGAUACCUAACACACAAACACGCUCUGUUCACUGUUGAGUGAAGGAAGCUAAAUCUAUGAAAUGUUACAUCAUGACAAAAUACUUCUGUGUACAGAUAAUCAUAACAUAGAUUGUGUAUUUAAAGAAUAUGUAUUUCGUAGUAUUUUAUUCUUUUUUUCCCCAUUCUUGGUAUCAAUAGGUCAAUAAAAAAAUACUAAAAAUGAUUUUUUUUUGUCUUAGAAAUAAAAGGUCAAA